AUGACUUCUCAGCAUAAGAUCCUGAAUGUCGGAGUGGUGGGCAUCGGCCGCAUGGGUCAGCGCCAUGCCAUCAACGUACUCCACGCCGUACCGCGGGCCAAGCUGAUUUGCGCCUGCUCUCCGGCCCAGGCUGAUCUUGACUGGGCCGCUGUAAACCUCGAGCCACACGGGGUCAAGGUUUACCCAACCUUCGAAGAGAUGAUUGAAACCCCUGGCUUGGACGCGGUCAUCAUCUCGUCUAUCACAGCACUGCACUUGCCGCAGACCAUUGCAGCUUUUGAGAAAGGAAUCCAUGUUCUUUGCGAAAAGCCCGUCUGCAACACACUACCGGAGCUUGAAGCGUUGUGCGAACGCGUGGAGGCCAAACCUCAGACGAAAGUGAUGGUUGCGUUCGUUCGUCGUUUCGACGACAGUUACCAGGAUGCCUACAACAAGAUCAAGUCUGGGGCAAUCGGAAAACCGUUCGUCUUCAGAUCCCACGGUGUGGAGAAGCUGGACCAGAGCCCAUUCUUCCAUCAAUACCUCGCGAACUCUGGUGGGAUCUACUUCGACUCCGCCAUCCACGACAUUGAUCUCUCAUUGAUGUUCCUCGGCGAAGACGUUGUGCCAAAAUCUGUUUCUGCGGUAGGAACUGCAGAAUUCUUCCCGGAUCUCAAAAAGCUGGGCGACGCCGACAACGCUGUCGGAGUAUGCGAAUUCUGGGACGGCAAGAUCGCGCACUUCUACCACUCCAGGAGUUCUGCUGUUGGAUACGACAAUGUGACGGAGAUUUUCGGAACCGCGGGCAAGUUGACGGUGAACGCAACUCCGCGGAGGAACCGCGUGGAGAUCUGCGACGGUGAUGGCGUUGUCAAGGCCGAGGCAACGCCGUCGUGGUACGAUAGAUAUAUUGCUGCGUUCGUGGUUGAGGCGAAUGCGUUUGUAGAUGCUGUUCUUGAUGGUAAGGAAAUGCCUAUUCCGUUGAGAUCUGCAGUGACCUCUCUCAGAGUAGCGGCGGCACUGCAAGAGAGUCUUCGGACUGGCCAGAAGAUUCAUUUCAACCGGCAAGGAAUUGCAAUUGAACACGGUCCGCAACUUUAG